AAAUCUUCAUCCAUUCCCUAGGGAGGAAGAGGAACAACUGCGGAAAAUGAUCAGGGCAGAUCACGAGAGGGCUCUAGAGGAGGCCAAGGAAAAGCUGAAAAAAUCCAAAGAUCAAAUCCGUGCGGAGAUUCAAACAGAGAAAAAUCGAGUGGCGCAAGACGCGAAGAAGAGGGAAGUCAAACCGUUACCGCAAGUACCUAUUCCAAAACUGGUGGGAAUCAAUAAUGGAGACCCUGGUGAUCCAGAAACGAGAGAAAAGCAAGAGAAGAUUAAAGAGAUGAUGAAGCAUGCUUGGGGAAACUAUAGACAGUAUGCUUGGGGGCACAAUGAAUUGAAACCUCUUUCAAAGAAGGGCCAUUCGACCAAUAUCUUUGGAAAUUCUCAAUUGGGUGCUACCAUAGUGGAUGCAUUAGAUACCCUCUACAUCAUGGGUCUUUUUGAUGAAUUUCGAGAUGGGAAAGAAUGGAUCGAGAAUAACCUAGAUUUCAGUGUGAAUGCAGAAGUCUCUGUCUUUGAAGUGAAUAUCAGGUUCAUUGGAGGCCUUCUGGCUGCCUAUUAUCUCUCAGGAGAAGAGGUGUUUAAGCAGAAAGCUGCACAACUUGCUGAGAAGCUGCUGCCUUCCUUUAACACCCCCACAGGUAUCCCUUGGGCAAUGGUGAAUCUAAAGAGUGGUGUUGGACGGAACUGGGGCUGGGCAUCUGCUGGCAGUAGCAUUUUGUCUGAAUUUGGGACUCUGCAUUUGGAGUUUGUGCAUCUGAGCUACCUGACAGGCGACCCCAUCUACUACAAAAAAGUGUUACAUAUUCGGAAACUUUUGAAGAAUAUGGAUAGACCUCACGGCUUGUACCCUAACUACCUUAAUCCAAGGACUGGUCGCUGGGGCCAACAUCAUACCUCGGUGGGUGGCCUAGGAGACAGUUUCUAUGAAUACUUGCUGAAAGCUUGGCUGGUGUCGGAUAAGACUGACACAGAAGCAAGGAAAAUGUACGAUGAUGCACUGCAGGCUAUUGAAAAGCAUCUGAUAAGAAAAUCAAACAGUGGUUUGACUUUCAUUGGCGAAUGGAAGAAUGGUCACCUUGAGAGGAAAAUGGGUCACCUGACGUGUUUUGCUGGAGGAAUGUUUGCGCUUGGGGCAGAUGGAUCCCCGGACGAUAAAGCAGGUCAUUACCUGCAGCUAGGUGCAGAAAUCGCUCACACCUGCCAUCAGUCAUACGACAAAACAGUGCUAAAGUUGGGCCCCGAGGCAUUCAAAUUUGACGGCGGGACGGAAGGAGUGGCACUGCGGCAAAAUGAGAAAUACUACAUCCUUCGGCCAGAAGUCAUAGAAACCUACUGGUACAUGUGGAGAUUCACCCACGACCCCAAGUAUAGGCAGUGGGGCUGGGAGGCAGCUCAGGCUAUCGACAAAUACUGCAGGGUAGUCGGAGGAUUUUCAGGAGUCAAAGAUGUCUACUCUUCAUCACCAGCCUACGAUGAUGUACAACAGAGUUUCUUCUUGGCUGAGACACUAAAGUACCUGUACCUCCUGUUUUCUAGUGAUGACCUCUUGCCCUUGGACUAUUGGGUUUUUAACACAGAAGCUCAUCCUCUUCCUAUUUUACGUUCUAUGAACUCUACCCUGUCUGGAAAUAUAGUAUUUCAAUGAGGACCGUAAGAGAACUGGAGGUGAACUCCGCUGUUAUGUCGUAGUGCUAGCAGGACAAGUGCAACUAAUCUUCAGAAGAAAGAAAGGAUCCUAAUCAACAAGCCUUGAUUUAAAUCAUGCAAGAAAGAUGUGGACAACUGGGGAUAAUGCAUCUUUGACAGCAGAGUAACAAUGAAUGUACAAGUUUACCAUGGUGUAGUUGGCAAUCAGUACAGUGUGACUGCUGUACAAUUAACUGUAUGACUGACGUUCAAAGAAAGCUUAACAGCACUAGAUGUAUGUAAGUAGUACAGGAUUUUUUUCUUCUGCACUACCAAAAGCCAUUGAGUCCCAGGCAAGAGUGGAAAAGCCUCCGUUUUUAAAGAAAUGGUAUCCCUUUUGUGGAGUUGGUUCUUCCUAGCCAAAAAAAAAGAUCUUUCAAUUUUUGUAGGGAUAAUCCUUGCAAGUGGCUGCUUCCUUAUUGAACAAGGGGUUUGUUCCUGUUCUGAUGUAGCAUAAGGCUGCUGAUAUAUUGGGAUUGUUGGAAUCUUACCAGUAUAAGUGUGCUUGUAAUAUCUGCACUUUGCAAAUUUUCUUUACUCAUAAAGAAGUCUUUGUGUUGUCUUUUUUCCAAAAGAUUAUUGGUAUCACUGUUUCAAAUGAGAAGCCCCAGUCAAUCGUCAUUCUUGGUUUAUUGUGGACGAACUUUAAUCUUGUAGUGUAAUUUCCAGUAUUGUAAAAAAUGGUGUUCUUUUUCCAGGAUGUUUCUGUUCUCAUUUGGACAGGGAAACUGUGGCACUUAUUAUUGUACAGGAUUAGUUUCCAACAGAGGUUGAAUUCAUUUGAGACUGAGCCACUGAAUUGUGGUAAAAUGACAAGAAGGUGGCUGAUUUUAAUCUUUAAGUUCACAAUUGGCUGGUGUUCAAGAUUAAUCAGGGUGUUCAUCAGCACAUGAGGCCUGAGGUCCAAACGAGAGAGAAUUCCUGGAGUUUGUACACAUCUUUUACAGUGUCAAAGAGGAAUUAGACAUCUGUAUUGUGAGCAUCACUCAAUCAAGUUCUGUGAAACAUGUUGGAAGUUAACCAGAAUGAAUCCUGCAAAAACUAUGCUUGUCUCUCACUUCCCCAAACUUCUUAAAAAUAUAUAUCUAUUUUAUACAAUCUGCUCCUCUUAACUCAGUUGCUUAAAUUACCUGUAAUUUAAUCAACAACAAAAAUUCUAUCUCCAAAUUCCCAGCAUGAUGUAUUAUUUAUGCUUAAUUCAAAUUCAUCAGCAUUUCAGUUAUUUAGUGCAAAUGUGACUUUGAAUUAUUAGGAGUAGAAUGUAUGCAUACUGAAACAAAGGUGUAGCUAAUGAUUAAACAUGCUGGUCUCUCUA